AUGGGCGCCCAACGCCCCCCAUCACACAAUUCGCACGUCCCAUCUUCGGCAGCGUGGGACGAGCACUGGACUGAUGGCUCUCUUGGAUACGGCCAUCAGGAUUCCAACAUGGUCUCUGCAAAUUUGGCCCAUAGCCAUGUGCUCUCUUUUCCAUUUCCCAUCCGAGUAGUCGUACCACCCCGUGGGACGCCAAAACCUACCGUCUCCGAAGCGAUAUACUCAGUUCAAGUUGCGCCAGCAAAUCACGUCGUCACCAGUUCACUGCAACGCAAUGAACGAGAGCUUUAUGACACACUGAACGAACCCUGGCCGGCCAAGGUGGUGUUGAUGGCGUCAUUUUAUUCGCACCAAAUGGACACGAAGCUGGAUGAGACGCCGUACGCAAAAUACAUGGCGGACGUCGCGGCCGAUACGCGCCCGUCACGCGACACAGUGUCCAAGGAUGACGACGACCAACAACCGCUUCCAGACCAAGUAGUUGCAACCUGGGCCAUGAGGGCCGCCGAAUCUCCAGAGGCUCUCUCAAAGGGCGUGAACCUCAACAGAAUGGAUCAUGUACCGACGACGCCCGAAUUGGCUCAAUCGUUGGCGGACGAAAUGCGAGAUGUGCCUCGUUCAGACAGCAUCUUGCCUUUACAGAAACGACCCCGGGCGGUGACUGUUGAAGACUGCACCGACAAUGGCGUGGCGAGAGAGAAAUCUCUCCCAUCCUCGUCAUCCUCGGUCCCGUCCUGCACCGGAGCGCUGCUCACGCCUACAAGACUGGAAAGGGCCAGCCUGACUGUCACGAGUGGAGCGACGGUGACACGAGCACCGCCCCCCACGGUAGUUGCGCGCAGCGAGUGCAGUGGAACGCCUGUUCCAAGACAAAAGGACACGGAAAAUUCGUAUCAAACCCCCCGUCCGCGACGCCGUCCGAGUGCUCUGGAUUAUCUCGUGUCAGAUUCGCCAGCAGGCACCCUCCAGCCUGCCCCGGAAGCAGACUGCGGGAGUCGCGAGAUGGGCGACUAUCACGCCGCAGGCUCGAGGAUCGCCACCGUACCAUCGGUGACCAACGCGUAUCAAUCGAUGCAUGCGUUCUCGCCCACCUUUGGCUCUCCUCGCAAGGCCCAGAGCAUCGCGCCCGUGUCCAGCAUGCCGUUGACACGUCCACAACCCAGUGUGUUUCAGCAGUCAAACUAUGGUGCAGAGAUGGCGCCGAUGACGGGUUAUCAGCUCAUUGCCGCCAAAUUGGUUGGUGGCCUUGGCGGUCCACCCGUUCUGCCCAUAUAUCGCCGCUUCGAGGCCCUCAAUCACAGAUUGCUGCUGUAUAUGCAGGCUGAUCUUGCAGAUCUGGAGAAAGAGCUGCGCGCGCUUGACGCGAAAGACACGAUUAUAUCGUCCUUUCGGAAGCUGCAUAAUCUUUCACCGCCGUCCUUGGACGAGAUCCAGAACUACAAAUCCUACCUUGCCAACGGCAGGUUGUUGGCAGAGGAAGAGGCCAAGUUUCUAGAUGUUGCCGAUGACCUCGUUUUGUUGGCAAGAGAUGAAUGGAUGACGGGUGACGUGAAUGCCGACGAUGGCAUCACCCCAAUGCCUCGGAAUGAGGAAGUAGUUUUCCCGCCAACGAGUAGCCACGCACCAGAAUCCAUCGUUGGCAAUUCUGUUUCAAGCAAUCCGACCUUGGCGCGCGGACAAGAUGAUCUCGGAACGCAGCUGGUACAGCUGGGAAUGGCCAUGUUCGUCGCCCUAUUCGUCCCCAUAACGACCUUUCCCAUCAUGCCGACGUUUGCCGGGCGCAUGGUUGUGGUGAUGCUGGUGGGCACCAGCGUGGGAAUCGCCUUGAUGCAGUCUGGCCUCGUCCAGGUAUUGAACAGGGGUACUAUGGAUUGGAUAGCCUGCGCUGUCAUCUACGGUUUCUCCAUGGCAGCGACAGCCAGUACAUUCUGCUGA